UCAAAAAAGCCAAGUUUGAUGGCCCACAAGAAAAAUUCAAUACGUACGUGACCCUCAAAGUUCAGAAUGUAAAGAGCACGACAAUUGCAGUGCGAGGGAACCUUCCCUCCUGGGAACAAGAUUUCAUGUUUGAGAUUAAUCGACUAGACCUUGGGCUGACAGUGGAAGUGUGGAACAAAGGUCUUAUCUGGGACACCAUGGUGGGCACGGUUUGGAUCCCCCUAAGCACAAUCCGCCAAUCAAACGAGGAUGGCCCAGGAGAGUGGCUGACUCUUGAUUCUCAUGUCAUCAUGACAGAUAAUGAGAUCUCUGGGACCAAAGACCCCACCUUCCACCGUAUCCUCUUGGACACCCGCUUUGAACUCCCACUUGAUAUUCCUGAAGAAGAGGCACGCUACUGGGUCAAGGAGCUGGAACGUCUGAAUGCCAUGCGAGACCAAGAUGAUGUAAGCAUACGGGAUAAGCAGGAGAAGCCACUUCCAGUCCCCGGCUCACAGUGCUGCAACUGGAAUUAUUUUGGCUGGGGAGAUCAACAAAAUGAUGACCCUGACAGCACUGUGGAUGACCGGGACAGUGACUACCGCAGUGAGACCAGCAACAGUAUUCCACCCCCUUACUAUACAACCUCCCAGCCCAAUGCUUCAGUCCACCAGUAUCCCAUACGCCAUCAACAGCGAGCAUCCCGGGACUCCUAUACAGAUUCCAUGCAGAGUUACGAGAUGGACUAUUCCAACCAUCGGCCAAUCAGCCCCACUGGGAGCAGUCGCUACGCCUCAUCAGCCGAGCUGAGCCAGGGCAGUUCGCAGCUGAGUGACGAAUUUGACCCCGAUGACGUCAGCCUGGACGAGCGGGACGGUGACUCCUAUCACUCUUGCCACAGCUCCGUGAGCUACCACAAGGACUCCCCGCGCUGGGACGAAGAAGAGGACGACUUCUACCUGGAGGAGGACGAGUUCAACGAAGAGUACAGUGAGAACGAAGAGUUCUACCCCGAGGACAAGACGGGCGAUGCUGAACAUGAGCCCUACCCCAAGGAGGCUUAUCCGCAGCCCCAAGAGCCACAGCUGAAGGGCCCACAGCUCCAGCAAGCCACGCCGUUUGCUUUGACCCAGCAGAAGCCGCCCCAGCAGGCCCAGCAACAGCCCCAGCAGAAGCCACCCCAACAGACCCCAGCCCUGGAGAAGGCACUCCAGGAAAAGCCCCCCAAGAUGGAAGAGAACUUUGAGCUGAGAGAGGAGAAGGAGGAAGUUGAAGUGGUAGACCCCAAAGCACGAGCAAAAGCCAACUGGUUACGGGCGUUCAACAAAGUCUGCAUGCAACUCCAAGAGGCUCGAGGUGAAGGCUCUGGAGAAUCAAAAUCCCUCUGGUUUAAAGGCGGGCCUGGUGGCGGGUUGAUCAUAAUUGAUAGUAUGCCUGACAUUCGCAAAAGAAAACCCAUACCCCUAGUUAGCGAUUUGGCUAUGUCCUUAGUCCAGUCCAGGAAAGCUGGUAUUACAUCAGCACUUGCAUCAAGCACUUUAAACAAUGAAGAGCUAAAAAACCAUGUUUACAAGAAGACCCUCCAAGCCUUAAUCUAUCCCAUCUCUUGCACAACCCCCCAUAAUUUUGAGGUGUGGACUGCUACCACUCCCACCUACUGUUAUGAGUGUGAAGGCCUCCUCUGGGGCAUUGCACGCCAAGGAAUGCGGUGUACCGAGUGUGGGGUGAAAUGCCACGAAAAGUGCCAAGACCUGCUCAACGCCGAUUGCUUGCAAAGGGCAGCAGAGAAAAGUUCUAAACAUGGGGCAGAAGAUCGCACACAGAAUAUUAUUAUGGUGCUGAAAGACCGUAUGAAGAUCCGUGAGCGGAAUAAACCAGAAAUCUUUGAGUUAAUCCAGGAGAUCUUUGCUGUCUCUAAGACCACUCACACCCAGCAGAUGAAGGCAGUCAAGCAGAGCGUUCUGGAUGGCACCUCAAAGUGGUCAGCCAAGAUCAGCAUCACAGUUGUUUGUGCACAAGGCCUGCAGGCGAAGGAUAAAACGGGCUCCAGCGACCCGUAUGUUACUGUCCAGGUUGGAAAGACGAAAAAGAGAACAAAAACCAUUUAUGGAAAUUUGAACCCCGUCUGGGAGGAGAACUUCCACUUUGAAUGUCAUAACUCCUCCGAUCGAAUUAAAGUUCGGGUAUGGGAUGAAGAUGAUGACAUCAAGUCUAGGGUAAAGCAGCGCUUUAAGAGAGAAUCUGAUGACUUCCUGGGUCAGACAAUCAUUGAGGUGCGGACGCUGAGCGGAGAGAUGGAUGUCUGGUACAAUCUGGACAAGCGAACAGAUAAGUCAGCUGUAUCCGGAGCUAUCCGAUUGCACAUCAGUGUGGAGAUCAAGGGAGAGGAGAAAGUGGCACCAUACCAUGUGCAGUACACCUGCCUCCAUGAAAACCUAUUCCAUUUCGUGACGGACAUCCAGAACAACGGCGUAGUCAAAAUCCCAGAUGCAAAGGGUGAUGACGCUUGGAAAGUGUACUUUGAUGAAACAGCCCAGGAGAUUGUGGAUGAAUUUGCUAUGAGAUACGGAGUAGAGUCUAUCUAUCAGGCCAUGACGCACUUCGCCUGCCUUUCCUCAAAAUACAUGUGCCCAGGGGUGCCUGCUGUAAUGAGUACCUUAUUGGCCAACAUUAAUGCUUAUUAUGCGCAUACCACUGCCUCCACCAAUGUCUCUGCCUCUGACCGUUUUGCUGCUUCCAAUUUCGGGAAAGAACGGUUUGUCAAACUGCUGGACCAGCUACACAAUUCCCUGAGGAUCGAUCUCUCAAUGUAUCGGAAUAAUUUCCCUGCCAGCAGUCCUGAAAGACUGCAGGACCUUAAAUCAACGGUGGACCUCUUGACCAGCAUCACUUUCUUUCGGAUGAAGGUCCAAGAGCUCCAGAGUCCACCGCGAGCCAGUCAGGUGGUGAAGGAUUGUGUGAAGGCCUGCCUCAACUCAACUUAUGAGUACAUCUUCAACAACUGCCAUGAACUCUACAGUCGUGAAUACCAAACUGAUCCCUCCAAGAAGAGUGAACUGCCACCAGAGGAGCAGGGUCCCAGCAUCAAGAAUCUAGACUUUUGGUCUAAACUUAUAACCUUGAUAGUAUCAAUCAUUGAGGAAGAUAAGAAUUCAUACACGCCUUGCCUCAACCAAUUCCCUCAAGAGCUGAAUGUUGGAAAGAUCAGUGCAGAAGUUAUGUGGAACCUUUUUGCUCAGGACAUGAAGUAUGCGAUGGAAGAGCAUGACAAGCAUCGUCUAUGCAAGAGUGCAGACUAUAUGAACCUGCACUUUAAGGUGAAAUGGUUGUACAAUGAAUAUGUCACAGAUCUUCCUUCCUUCAAGAGCCGGGUUCCUGAAUACCCCGCAUGGUUUGAGCCUUUUGUUAUCCAAUGGCUGGAUGAGAAUGAGGAAGUGUCACGAGAUUUCUUGCAUGGGGCAUUAGAACGGGACAAGAAAGAUGGGUUCCAACAAACCUCAGAACAUGCCCUCUUCUCCUGCUCUGUGGUUGAUGUCUUCUCCCAACUCAACCAGAGCUUUGAAAUCAUCAAGAAGUUGGAGUGCCCUGAUCCACAGAUUGUAGGCCAUUACAUGCGCAGGUUUGCCAAGACCAUUAGCAAUGUCCUGCUGCAGUACGCUGAGAUCAUCUCCAAGGGCUUUGCUUCCUACUGCUCCAAGGAGAAGGAAAAAGUGCCCUGUAUCCUGAUGAACAACAUACAGCAGCUGCGUGUCCAGCUGGAGAAGAUGUUUGAAGCUAUGGGGGGAAAAGAGUUGGACACAGAAGCCAGCGAUAUCCUCAAGGAGCUCCAGGUGAAGCUCAACAAUGUCUUGGAUGAGCUAAGCCGAGUAUUUGCAACCAGUUUUCAGCCACAUAUAGAGGACUGUGUGAAGCAGAUGGGAGACAUCCUGAGCCAGGUGAAAGGCACCGGGAAUGUGCCUGCCAGUGCCUGCAGCAGUGUGGCUCAGGAUGCUGACAACGUCUUGCAGCCUAUUAUGGACCUCUUGGAUAGCAACUUGACUCUCUUUGCUAAAAUUUGCGAGAAGACUGUCCUGAAACGAGUGCUGAAGGAGCUCUGGAAGCUUGUCAUGAAUACAAUGGAGAAGACAAUUGUACUUCCUCCACUUACUGACCAGACGAUGAUUGGAACCCUCUUAAGAAAGCAUGGCAAGGGGACUGAGAAGACUAGGGUGAAGCUCCCCAGUCACACUGAAGGCACACAGAUGAUCUUCAAUGCAGCCAAGGAAUUAGGGCAGCUUUCAAAACUCAAGGAUCAUAUGGUACGUGAGGAAGCUAAGAGUUUGACACCCAAACAGUGUGCUGUGGUGGAACUUGCUCUGGAUACUAUCAAGCAAUACUUCCAUGCAGGAGGAGUUGGUCUUAAAAAAACCUUCUUGGAGAAAAGCCCAGAUCUACAAUCCCUGCGCUAUGCCCUCUCGCUCUACACGCAAGCCACAGACUUGCUCAUCAAAACCUUCGUCCAGACACAGUCCACUCAGGGCUCUGGAGUAGACGAUCCUGUGGGAGAAGUCUCCGUCCAUGUUGAGCUUUUCACCCAUCCUGGCACUGGCGAGCACAAAGUAACAGUCAAAGUGGUGGCUGCCAAUGAUCUCAAGUGGCAAACAUCUGGCAUCUUCCGGCCUUUCAUUGAAGUCAACAUCAUUGGGCCACAUCUCAGUGACAAGAAAAGGAAAUUUGCUACCAAGUCCAAGAACAACAGCUGGUCCCCCAAAUACAAUGAGAGCAUCCAGUUCACCCUCGGCACUGAGACGGGGCCAGAGUGCUACGAGCUGCAGGUCUGCGUCAAAGACUACUGCUUUGCACGGGAAGACCGGACAGUGGGCAUCGCCAUUCUGCAGCUGAAGGACAUCGUGCAGCGGGGCAGCUGUGCCUGCUGGCUGCCGCUGGGCCGGCGCAUCCACAUGGACGACACGGGCCUUACGGUGCUGCGCAUCCUCUCACAGCGGAACAACGAUGAGGUGGCCAAGGAGUUUGUCAAAUUGAAGUCGGACACACGCUCAGCCGAGGAGGGCAGCAGCAGCUAAGACCAAUCUGCCUCCCCCUGACACCCCUCGUUCCCUCCCACCUUCUGCUAGAAUUGCCUUCCCUUCUCUUCCUGGUCCCUUCCCUCUUUUAUACAGCCAUGUCAAAGCCAUAGAGUUUUCGGAGCUGUCCUUUCUCUCCCCCGCCCCAGCCCUCCCUGCUCCUCGCUCUUUUAUUUGGGAG